CAGCACUUCGACAACGGAAACAAACCAAACAAAACCAAGAAGCAGCGAAGAUGUGGCGAAGGUUGUUGUGGUUGGUGAUGGUGGUGGCUGUGUUUGCGGCAGGUGUUGUCGAGACAGAAUGCACAUCAGCGGAGGUGGGUGACACGCCACAAGAGGCAGCUGCACAGCCACAGCAGCAGCGGCGGCAGCAACAAGGGGCAAGGGUGGUGUUUCGUCGAGCAGCGACAACAACAGAGUCGCCGUUUGCAAACACCACCGACAGCCAUGGUGACUUGCCGAUACCAUUGGCUGCCAUCAUCGUCCUGGCCAUCGCAGGAUGGAUUGCCUUGGUGUUGGGUGUUUGGUUCCUCUGCGCCAAGUACAACGCUUGCACAGACUCGGAGGAGGCUGGGUCGGCGUCAUGGUGCUGCCAGUGCACGCUGCCUUCCUGUGGUGAUUGCUCCGAGGGAUUGCGCGGGUGUCUGGCUUCCGUACUGACUGCGCUACAAGCGUGCUUCUGCUGUGGUGCGACGGACAGCGGAGCCUGCUGCGGCAGCCCAGCACAGCCGUCACGAGCUCCGAAUCCAGCCAACUUUUCCCUUGGGGGAUGCGGGUCAUGCUUUGGCUGCGGCGAUUGUUGCCCGUCGUGUGGGAACUGUUGCGGGUCUGGCGAUGGGUGCACGUGCCAGCUUGGGGAAUCCAUCAAUUGUGGAUGCUGUGUCAUCAAUUGCGAGGGGGCGUGACGGCCAUUGGCUGUAUUUGUUUACUUUGCAUGUUUUAUCGUUUGUGUUGUGUUUUGGAUAUCCACGCUUUGACCAGGCGCUUGCACUCACUCGCAUGUGUGCAGUGUGAUGUGUGGCUUCUUGUUCAGGUGCACGAGAUGUGGCACCAGCUUGCCAUCAACCCGGCUGUGUGAGUCAUUCGUUCAUUGUUGUACACAUGACGCCGCGCUAAUCGAUCACUGUAUACGUGUCAUUUAUUGGACCUUUUCCCCAUCAAGUAAAAGAAACAUCUCCGCCA